AUGGCUCCCAGUCCCGCGGCGGCGGCCGCCCCAGGGGCGUCCGCCGGUACUUCGGUGGCGACCGCACCCAUGGCGGUCACCGGAGCCACAGCGGUGACCACCCCGGCAGCGACCGCCAGCGACCCAGCGGCGGCCACCUCAGCAACGGCCGCCAGGGCCGCAGCGGCAGCCACACCGGGGAUGGUCCCAGACGCUGCGGCGACCUCGUCGUCGAUGCCCGCGGCAACCCCACGGGCACCCACGGCCCUGCCCACUCGAGGGGUCUACCGGGGCUUCGCGCUCCGGCGCAACCCCUCAAGGGCCGAUUCGCCAGCGAGCGCUAGCAAGAGGAGGAGGGACGACUCCCCGCCUGCCGCGCCGACCAAGAAGGCGCACGCAGACGCCGGCAGCGCUGCCGACCCCGCCGUCACCGCAAUCACAUCUGCCGGUGGCCCAACUCCAACGGAGGUGGCGCCGACAACAGGUGGUACUUCGCCAGCGGCAAGCCUCUUGGAGGCCCCUGCCGAAACAGAGGAGGAGGAGGUGGAGGUUCCCCCCGCAAGCCCAAUGGCGCUGUAA